AUGUACCCUUGGAGGAGACCAUACGUCGAUAAGGAUUUCGCUGAUAAUUGGUUUAAUGAAACACACCACCUUAACCUCAAUAAGCUGGACCUUGUCGAUCUUAGAGCGGCGACAAAAGACCAACUUUUCUUUUUUAACCGCCAUUCAUAUGAACAAACAGACAGAAUUGCUAUGGGCUCCUGCCUUGGUCCUCUAUUAGCCAACUUCUUCAUGUGCAGCAUUGAGGAUACUUUGAAGCAUGAAGGCAAGAUGCCCACAUACUACAAGAGAUAUGUGAGAUAUGUUGAUGACACGCUGACUAUCAUGCCAGUCAUAACAUGGAGAUGGAGAGUAAAAGUAUGCUGCCUUUUUUGGGUACCCAGCUGCUCAACAAACACACACAUGUUGAGACUAAGGUGCACGUUAAACCCACAAAUACUGGCCUUCUGCUGCAUUACAAGAGCCAUGUAGACGACCGAUACAAACGCGGGUUACCAAAACCUAUGCUUGAUCGUGCAUUGCGGCUUUCAUCCAAUUGCUGUUGCUUCUUUGAAGAAUGUGAUCGACUGAAAUUAUUGUUUUCUCGACUAAAUAUCCUGACAAACUUGUCAACUCUACUUUUUCACGUUUUAUUGCCGCCAAAGCAUCGGAUUAACCUGUUUCUUCGGCGACUGUCAGCGAUCGAACAGACCCCAUUCGCGUUGUCCUACAGUUUAAAGAUCAGGCCUCAGCCGAUAUUGUACGUGUCCAACCUAAAGAUUUGA